AUGAUUUCUCAAGAAGCUCAAUAUCCCCUAGAAGGGGGAUGCGACUGCAAAGCAGUACGAUAUCAAAUACAAACUGCGCCCCUAUUUGUCCACUGCUGCCACUGCACCUGGUGCCAACGAGAAACCGGCUCGGCCUUCGCCAUAAACAUCCUUAUCGAAGCUGACCGCGUAACCCUCCUACAAGAGGAAAAGAACGAUCCCGAACUUGAAGUUGUCAACGCUCCAUCCCAGAGCGGUGCCGGCCAGAAGAUCUCCAGAUGCAAAAAAUGCCAUGUCGCCGUCUGGAGCACCUACGGAGGCCUCGGCCCGGUUGUACGAUUAGUCCGCGCAGGCACGCUCGACCAGGCCUCUUUGGUCUCGCCGGACGUCCAUAUCUAUACCAACACCAAAGUUCCCUGGCUUACCUUUCCGGAUAGUGUACCGGUGUUUGAAGCAUUUUAUGGCCUCGAGCAGGAAUGGCCAGAGGAGAGCCUUGCGCGGAAAAAGGCGUUUAUGCCUCCAGUGGAAGAGGAUAAGCGGCAGAGUGCAUCAAGGAAACAAUGA